CUGUUGGCUCGAGAAAUGGCCGUGUCCAGUUCAAUUAUGGAAACCGCCGCCCUUUUGGCCCUGCUGCUUGGCCUUUUCAUUCGAACUGGCUACUGCAUAGACUGUUUCAAAUGCGUAUCCUUCAAUGGAGCCAACAAAGCCUGCGACGAUCCGUUCCACAAUAACUACUCCACGGCCAUUUUGGAGUCGCCCUGCAUGGGCGGCCGGAAGGGGCGUGACGGCCUAUUUCCGGCUACCGCUUGCAUCAAGAUCUCCGGCUACUACGACGAAACCGGGAAGACGAUAACGGUGAGGGGCUGUGCCCUGGACAGCGGAACCCUGACCACCGAUACCGAGAUCAUCCGAAUGUCGCACUGCGGAAAGUUCUACUACGAUGGCGAUUACGUGCACGGCUGUCUGCAGAGCUGUAGCGACGCGGAUGCCUGCAACUCGGCCAGGAGACAGGGAGCGAAUCCUGCCGACCUGGAGGAGCUGAUGAGGCACCUGCUUAGCCUGGUGGUGCUCCUAAUCGCUGCCACGAGGUAGCAGCAUCGUUACCAGUAACUUUAGUAUCCGGAACAGGAGCCCGAGGCGGAAAUACCGUGGGGCAGCGAAGAAGACAUUUAAAGCGACUUCGCUGCGCUUGGAAAUCCAUUUCUUUUCCUUCGAAUCUCUCUCUGUGUCUAGGAUCGCACCCAAAUGUAAAAGCACUCGAGCAGCUGCAGCAAGGACACGCUCAGCAACACACUCUCUCACACACAUAAAAACAUUAUGGAAUUCAUCAAGCAAUUAUGUGAUUUAUAAGCGAAUACUUAACAACUAUCAAACAAUAAUUGAUGAACACAAACGGAAACUAUUUAGAUGCUAAGCAUUCGAGAGUCGAAAAUCAACGGAAACAGUGCAACCUAAAUUAAUAUUCUAAUUGCAAUUAUCUUCUAAGGAAGGAAUCUAGACUUUAAAUGCUGUCGCUGCUAAGUUUCUACGGAAAAACUAUGAUUAAUGGAAGGCAGGAAUGGUUUACAAUUUAUAAACGAUAUGUUUUACCUUA